ACGAAUACAGUAUAACUGAUUGAUGCGAACAUAUGUGACCCCGGUUGGGGGGCUUCUGCGUUUUGCCCUGUGGACCACAGUAGCUAUUACACAUUUUGUGUAAGUCUGUGUUGCGUAAACUUACCAACUUUUCAAUUGUGAUACAACAUGAACACCGCUACCUACAUUGUAGCAAAGUUAUAUUAAUAUGUAUAUUUGCAUCUCUAAAGACACAAGGGUACAUGUAGAUCUCAUGUCUUUCAUCUGAAAUUCAGGUCCUUUUAAUGAGUCGGCCCACCGCAGCAGACAGAUGCUGGCUGGGGUUUCUAAACAGCGAUGUGCUCUACAGAACGGCUUCUUCGAUCAGUCCUUCAAACGGAUAUUUGAGCGAGAAGCUCUGAGUGACCCUGUGAGACUGGCCCGACAGAACCGCAACCAGCAGAACAACAAGAACCUGGGCAAGGCCUUCUUGCCCUGUAACAGAGUCACACAGCCCUGUGGGUCAGGCAGUUACUACGGGACUCUGUCAGGACCGUUGGAGGCCAUGAGUCCGCUGUCAGUCACACAGAAAGCCCACCGCUCUCCUGGACGCAACAUCGUCACCUCCCCCUCCAAGAAAGGCAGUGGUUACAGCUAUCCCAAUGUGACUCUGUCCAGAAUUGAGUUGUAUUCGUCCGACCCGUACAGCAGAACCAGAGAAGUUCUAAAGAAGGAGGCAGCAAUCCAUCACUCCAAGUUAAAAGAUGGCCCCUUCAGACUCAACCUCCAUCCAAGAGAUUAUUUCCAAGGAAACCCAUACCGCAGUGACAAGCCCCUCCCACCCGCAAACAAGCCCCUCCCAUCUGACCAGAAGAUUUCUGUAGUCCCCUUCAAGCCCCCGUCCCCCAACAAAAAGAUAGGAGGAAUGAAAGCUGGGACGUUUGGCUCCUACCCCAUGCAUUCUGCUGAUCCAUACGCCCUCCGCCGAUCCAAACAAACUGUUCAGGAGCCAGUGUUCUAUCCGGCUCCUGGUCCCAAGAGCGUACCUGUCAAGAGUAUCAUCUCUGUCAAUGUGAACAGGAAUGUGCACUCUUCAAACUACACCUCAACUGUUCCAGCUGUGAUGACCUUCUGACUACAUUACCCACACUGCAGAAACUGCAGACCUUACUCUAAUCUAAUAUUUAGAUUUGAAGUCUAGUUAGUCUUUUUGUGAGUACAAGUGCUUAAUUGCUUUCAGAAGAUACUAAAGCAUCCUGAAGUAAAUGUUACUUGUAAUAGUCUUUAUAAACAACUAUAUUGACAUUUUUUUAAGUAGGUGGUAGGGGACCUGUCUGCGAAAAAUGUAAGACCAACACUGCCUGAUUUUUGCGACCAUCAACCAUAAUAUUUCUUGGUAUAGAACUGUUGAAAACCGGAAGGGGAGGUACUUCGCCACUCUAUAGAGAGCCGAAGUCCCUCCCUUUCU